CUCGCCGUUGCCCUUGGCAGCGUCGAGGGACGGCCGCAGUUCUUUUUAAAAGAUGCGACGCCUAAUCUGCCAUCUGACCCCAACACUAUCUCGACGUGCACCUGGUGGUGGGACAAUGUCGAUGGAUCCAUUGCGUGCGAGAACAUGCCGUCCCAAUGGGGCAUCAGCAUGGAGGACUUCCUCCUCUGGAACCCUUCCAUCACCUCCGACUGCGGGAACUACCUGACAGGUCGCUCCUACUGUGUUGAGGCGCCUGCAGGCGGCAGCGAACCUCCACCGACGACCACAUCCGCAGGGCCAAUGCCAACCGAUGGAAAUGGGGUGGAGACACCACUGCCCACGCAGCCCGGCAUGGUCGAUGACUGCGAGGACUUCUACUUUGUUGAAAUCGGCGACUCGUGCGCAGCCAUUGCCUCGGAGCAAGACAUCUCCCAGGCCCAAUUCGUCGAGUGGAACCCCUCCGUCGGCUCGCACUGCACUGGCCUCUGGGCCAACGCCUACGCCUGCGUCGGGCUGAUCGGCGGCGCUGCCCCUGGCCCCAGCCCUACCGCAACCACCACCAGCCCACCGGGCAAUGGAAUCGCCACGCCAACCCCAACACAGCCCGGCAUGGUCGACGACUGCGAUGACUUCUACUUCGUUGAGGUAGGCGACUCGUGCGCGGCAAUUGCCUCCGAGCAUGGAAUUUCCCAGGCCCAGUUCGCUGAGUGGAACCCCUCAGUAGGCUCCGACUGCGCUGGGCUGUGGGCCGACGCGUACGUCUGUGUUCACCGGAUCGGAACACCAACCAACCCUGAACCAACAACGACGACAACAAGCUCCGGUAAUGGCGUCGCAACCCCUACACCAAUCCAGGACGGCAUGGUGAGCAACUGCGGGAGGUUCCAUUUUGUUGUCCAGGGGGAUAUCUGUGCCUCCAUUGCGGCGACGUAUGGUAUUACCACUGCUAACUUUGUGAGGUGGAAUCCGGCGGUUAAGAAUGAUUGUUCGGGGCUUUGGGCAGAGACCUAUGCUUGUGUUGGGCUGAUUUAG